AUGGAGUUUUGGAAGCGCAAAAAGGGUGUUCCACAGUCGCCCCACGGCCCAGGCGCUCCGGGCGCAGGCACCACGAGCAACAACAGCAGUAGCAGCGCCAACAACGCUAGCAACACGGGUAGCAUUAACCCGGCGACAAUAUCAGAGCCCAUCCACAACCUGGAGCCCAGCAGCAAUGGCAGCGGUGGGAUGCGCAACACGGGAGCACAACAUCACAGUCCAAGCCAGGGCGAGUACCCAAGCAACAGCUUUGGAGACCAGGAAUUCCGCGAUCGUUACAAGUCGUACCGCCAGCAGCGGCGGCAAUCGCACAGCUCGACGGGCGCGGUGCCCGGUGCGCGCAGUUCGCAGUUGAGCACAGGCAGCAACGAAUACGGGAACAGGUCGACCACGCCGGUGCAGCAGGGCGAGAUGUUUCAGCCAGCGCCAGGUAUGGCCGGGAGGCAACGCAACCACGACAAGGACUCGACACCAACGGCUCUGCAGACGCCGUCGCAGCGCACGGUAUCGACCGUUUCGAAUACCAGCAGCCAUAUGAGCGGAUAUGUCGAUGUGCGCAGCGCCGACGAGGUGCCCGGAGGCAUGGGCGGAAACACGCCGAGGGGAUCGCUGAGGUCUACUCGCAGCUCGGCUGCUGGCGGCGGUGGCACUGUCGGGGGUCGGGGGAGCAUUCCCCUGUCGUCGGUAGUGCCGAAUGCUAUCAGCAACAGCAUCGGCAUGAGCGGCGACCAGCGCGACUCGACAUACUCGACUCACUCGAUGCGCAGCGCUGGCGUCAGCGGGCGGCAAGGCGGCCAGUUCUCACACUCGCCCAGCACAGUGUCAGUUGCCAGCAACAUCAGUAUCAGCGGCGGAGGCGGCGCCGGGCGGCGCAGCGGAGUCCCGGCCAUCGGCGGGCCCACGCCCGCAGCGUCGCUGGAGUAUGACCCGGACAUGAUCAGCGAAGAGGAGAUCAACCUGAUGCUGGGCCGGCUGAUGGACGAGAUGGACAUCAAGGACGCGCAGCGCAUGCAGAUGCAGAAGAUGUCGGUGCCCAACAAGCUCAAGCUCCUGAAGCAGCACCGGCAGCUCGAGUCGUUCCAGAUGGACAGCAAGGGCAACGCGCCCGAGUACUUUUACCGGUACCUGACCGAGACUGACAUCCGGUCGCUACCCAAGCAGAUGCUGGUACACUUACGCGUGUGCGUGUCAACACAGCCGGUUAACUGGGUCAAGCAGUUUGUUGAGAUCCAAGGCCUGGAGGCGCUGACCGAGUGCCUGGGCAUCCUGAACCACGCCGGCACACGCAAGGGCGACGACAUUACCAAGGAGAUGGAGAUCAUCCGCUGCAUCAAGUCUAUGGUUAACAUCCAGUGCGGCGCCCAGGACGUCCUGCGCAACCCGGCCGGUGUGCACAACCUGUGUUUCUCGAUUGAUGCCCCCUCGCUGCUAACGCGGCGACUGAUAUCAGAGAUCCUGACGUACAUAUGCUACCUCAACGUGCCAUCGGGCCACGCCACUGUGCUCAAGGGGUUGGACAAGCUGCAAAAGUUCCGCGAGAUGCAGAAGCGUUUCGAGCCGUGGAUGCGCGCUCUGGAGCUGGCCAUCGACGGCCGCGGCCGCAUGGGCAGCAAAGUCGGCGUGUCCGAGGAGCUGCGUCAGAUGGGCGGCACCGCCGACCGCGACCUGAUCGACUACAUCCUGUCCAGCAUGAUCUUUGUCAACGCUGUGGUCGGCGUGUCCGACGACGUAGAGAUGCGUAUGCACUACCGCAGUCAGCUCAACGCCGCCGGCCUGUCGCGCAUCAUCAAGAAGCUGCGCAGUGGGUUUGACAGCCCGCUGAUCUCCCUACAGAUCAACAAGUUCGACAAGGACGCCGAGCAGGAUCACACGGACGUGCUAGAUAUUUACAACCAGCAGAUCAUGCAGGACAUGACCGACCAUGACGAGGUGUUCCAAGCUAUUCUGGCCCAGAUCGAGGAUGACGACCGGUCGCGUGAGCACUUUCUGUCCAUUCUGCAGCGCCUGCUGCUGCUACGCGAUGACUACGUCGCCGAACCUGGCGCAGCUAACAGUGCCGACGGCGGCCGGGCGAACAAGGCGCGGUAUUUCCAGCUGCUGGACGAGAUUACCACGCAGGUCGUCAUGGAUAUCCGCAAUGGUGAGACGCUGCCGUCAGACUACGACAGCGAGAACGACAUGGACGAGCGGCCGCGCGGUAACCGCGCCGGCGAGUCGUUCUCCACGCAGUACGGCGUAAGCGUAGCCGGUAUCAUCGACAAGUUCUCCAAUGAGGAGCAACUUGAGGAGGCUGUGACUCGGCAGAAGAACGAGCUGGAGCUCGAGGUUUCGCUUAAGUCCGAGGGCCUGGUGGGCACGCUCAAGACCAAGAUCUUUGCGCUGGAGGACCUGCUGCGGAUGUCGCGGCACACGAUUGAGGCGUUGCAGACACAGAUCAAGGAGCUGCGCGACCAGUUCACGCAGAAGCUGGCCAAGCAGGACUCACAACUCAAGCAGCUGCUCAAGGAUGACCUGACGCUGGAAAAUGAGGUACUGCGCAGCGGCAUUGCGCUCGAGCCCUCAGAGCACAACCCCGACGAGAUUGUGCUCAACCACGACCUGCUGCUGGCCGAGAUCGAGAAGCUCAAGCGCCAGCGCCCCGAGCUCAACCGCAUGACCGAAGCACGCCAAGUGCUUGAGCAGAUUCUUCUGGAGGCCGGCCAGGGCAUGCCCGUCCGCAAGGUUGGCAGCGCCAAGCCUCCUGCCAAGGUGCUCGAAGCGCCGCUGCCAGAGCCGGCAAGGCCUGGCGAAAAAACGCCGACGAGCGCGAAGAUGGGCACAGUGACCAUGGACUCGGUGUUUUCGGCGCCGACGCGGCUGGCCGAGUUUGCCUCCGAGCUUGAGCGCAAGCUGGGCGCAGGAAGAACACCAUCGGCGCGGCCGACAUUGCGCAGGCGUCAGCAGCUGCUGCGUCUGUCGCCAGUGUGCCUUUGCCCAGUGCCCAACAGUUCGAAGCGGCUGACACAGACGCAGUCGUCGUCAUCCUCGCCGGCGCCGCCGCCGCCUGCUCCGCCACUGCCAUCGAUGGCUGGUGCAUUGCCGCUGCAGAAGCUCGCCCAUCUCGCCGCCCUUGCCACCCAUGUUUAUCAGACCCUCGAUGUCGCCACCAUUAGGAAAAGCACCGCCUCCUGCAGCCCCGCCACUGCCGCCGGGCAUGGCAGGCGCAACAUUGGCAGGCGCGCCGCCGCCACCAGCACCGCCACCACCGCCGUUUAUGCGGUCGGAUGCGAGCCCAGCGAACAGGCCCUCUCUAGCAGCGCUAGCGGGCGUGCAGCUGCGCUCUUCCAAGCCGGGCGGCAAUACAACGGCACCGCCGCCACCACCACCGCCUCCAGCGCCAGGAUUCCCGAUGGUGCCGAGGAUGGGUGGUGGAGGACCGCCGCCGCCGCCACCACCCGGAGGGGCAACGCUGUUGGGCCGCUGCGGCGCAAGGAGCUGCAUUAUGUGCCCAAGGUCAAGCUGAAGGCGCUGCAGUGGGACAAGAUGAACGACCAGAACAUCGAGUCCUCGCUGUGGUCCAAGCUGGAGGACCGCGCUGGCGUCAAGGAGAAGCAUGUCCUGGACACGUUGCACUCUACGGGCGCCUUUGAGCACCUGGAGAAGAUGUUUGCUGCCAAGCAGACUGUCGACCUCUUUGCGUUGCGCGAGAAGCGGCGCAAGGAGCGUGAGGAGAAGGAACAGGCAGAGAUAUCGGUGCUCGACACAAAGCGGAUGUACGACAUCAACAUCAUGCUCGGAAUGAUGAAGAAGUACUCGUUCAGAGAUAUCCGCCGCGCUCUCCUGCGCAUGGACACAGCGACGAUCACGGAGAACUUCCUCAAGCAGCUCUUGACCUUUGUGCCGACGCCCGAGGAGCGCGGCCUGCUGACGGCAUACCAGGGUCGGCCAGACCGCAAGCGGCUGGCUCGCCCGGACCGCUUCUUUCUCGAGACUAUGAAGGUGUGGCGGUACGAGCAGAGGCUACGCGUUACGGCCACAUGGGCAACCUGGCCUGAGAACUUCCGUGACUUGCAACAGGAUGUCGCCGCUGUUAUGACUGCCGCUCACGCCGUGGCCACCAGCCGGCAUUUCCCGCAGGUGCUCGAGGUUGUUUUGUCCAUUGGUAACUUUAUGAACGGUUCCGGCUUCCGCGGCGGCGCCUUUGGAUUCAAGAUUGCGUCGCUCAACCGCCUGAUGGAUACCAAGGCGGAGGACAACAAGACAACACUGCUGCAUUUCGUCGCGUCGACCGUUGAGGAGACCUUCCCCGGGGCCCUGGAAUUCCUCGAGGAGCUCAGGCCUGUCGACUCGGGCUGCCGCGUGUCGCACGCCGAGAUGAAGGCUGAGCUGAGCGACAUGCGCGUGCGUCUGGCCGAGGCCAAGCGCGAGCUCGAGCUGCUGCGCGAGCAGCGCGAAAAGGAGCUUAAGGAGAUUGCCAUGGAAGGCGACAAGCCUAGCGGUGACGGCUCUGUGGCUGAUGCUACAGGGGAGCCGCUGGCGAGUCGGGAACGAGUCUUCUGGAGCAACGCAAGCAAUUUCGGCGGCAACACGGGCGCGACCUCAGCGUCCGACCCUCAGGAUCGUUUCCUGCUGACCAUUCGCCGCUUUGUCGUCGAGGCCGCCGAGCAGUAUGAGGCGCUUUGUCGCAGUUCAACGCGAUGGAGGAGGCCUACAGCAACUCAGUCCUGCUUUAUGGCGAGGAUCCGCGCACAAUGGCCCCGAGGAGUUCUUUGGAUUUUCAAGACCUUUACGGCCUCCUUCAACCAGGUCUCCAAGGACAACAACAGGGAGCGCGAGCGCAAGCGCAAUGCCGAAAAGCGUCGCAAGCAGAUCGAGGCCCAGAUCGAGCAGAAGCGCAUGGUCAAGGAGAACCGCGCCAACCGACUGGCCACUGGUGCCGAACAUUCGAUGGAUUCGGACGAUAUUCCUGGGUCAUCGGAUGCCGCUGAGAGUGGACAAAUGGGCGGCGAGAACGGUGCCGUUGAUGAUCUUCUCAAGUCGCUGAUGGCCGGUACGGAUCUGGAGCGUGUCGAGGCCACAAAGCGGCGUCGCCGUCGCGAGCUCAUGAGCAUUCGCAGGCGCAGCAGCGUGCGCCGCAGCGUGCAUCGCACUAGCAUUUCGAUCAAGGCGUUGCAGAUGUUGAGGGAUAUUAAGGAGGACGAGGAAGGGCCGGGUCCCGAUGCUCUGGAUGAGUUCCAGCAGGUUCCGCCCCUUCCAUCGUCGUCCACCCGAAACUCACUACUGCGCCGCCAGCAGCUCAAUUCUUCUGGCGGCGGGGCUGAGUGGAUGUCUCCUAUCUCUGAAGACGAGAUGGCCGCCGACGACAUGGACACUGCUGCCGAGCGUCGGGCUGCCAGGCGUCGCCAGUUGCUCGAAGACUAG